AUGUGUGUCACUGUCUUUUCAUAUCUAUAUAUCAUUGUCUUUUCAUAUCUAUAUCUAUCUAUCUAUCUAUCUUUUUCAUAUCUAUCUAUCUAUCAUCUCUAUCAUUCUAGCAUCUAUCUAGCUAUCAUUGUCUUUUUCAUGUCUACUGUCUUUCAUAUCUAUCUAUCUAUCACUCUAGCUAGCUAUCAUUGUCUUUUCAUGUGUGUCACUGUCUUUUCAUAUCUAUCUAUCUAUCACUGUCUUUUCAUAUCUAGCAAUCUUUUUCAUGUGUCACUUUUUUCAUAUCUAUCUAUCUAUCACUCUAUAUCUAUCUAUCUAUCUAUCUAUCUUUUUUUUCAUAUCUAUAUAAUCUAUCUAGCUAUCAUCUGUCUUUUAUAUCUAUCUAUCUAUCUCUAUCUAUCUUUUCAUAUCUAUCUAUCUAGCUGUCUUUUUUCAUAUCUAUCUAUCUAUCUGUCUUUCUAUCUAUCUAUCUAUCUAUCUAUCUAUCUAUCUAUCUAUCUAUCUAUCUAUCUAUCUAUCUAUCUAUCUAUCUAUCUACCACUGUUUCCAUAUCUUUUCAUAUCUAUCUUUCAUAUCUAUCUAUCUUUUUUUCUAUCUAUCUAUCUAUCUAUCUAUCUAUCUAUCUAUCUAUCUAUCAUUGUUUUUUCAUAUCUGUCUAUCUUCUUAGUGUGUUAA